AUGUCUGUGGAUCCAAUGGCCUACGAGGCCCAGUUCUUUGGGUUUACGCCGCAGACGUGCAUGCUUAGGAUCUACAUCGCGUUUCAGGACUACCUGUUCGAGGUGACGCAGGCCAUGGAGCAGGUCAUCCUGAAGAAGCUGGACGGCAUCCCGGGCUGCGAGAUCAGCCCCGUCCAGAUUCGUAAAUGCACGGAGAAGUUUCUUGGCUUCAUGAAAGGACGAUUUGACAGCCUCUUUGGCAAAAUGGAGCAGCUGUUUUUACAGUUGGUUUUGCGUAUCCCGCCAAACGUCUUGCUUCCGGAGGAUAAAGCCCAGGAGAUGCAUCCUUGUGGUGAGAAAGAAUUCCAGCUUCUCCAGAGAGAAAUUGAAGAGUUGCAGGAGAGAUACAAGACUGAAGCACGCGCCCAGCAGGCCCUGCUCGCAGAACUGGAGGAACAGAAAAUUGUUCAGGCCAAACUCAGACAGACACUGGCUUUGUUUGACGAGCUCGAGAAUGCUGGCAGAGAUCAGGGGACUAGUGAUUUUAGGGAGAGCCUGGCGUUCCUGGUCCAGAACUCCAGGAAACUACAGAAUAUUAGGGACAGUGUGGAAAGGGAAGGCAAAAGACUGAAAGUAUCUUAACUUCUAGGCAGUAACAGGACCCGUCAGUAGAGUCACAGAGGAUUUAUGUCAAGGAUGAGUCUUACUCUCGUGAACCAUACAUUU